AUGCCCGUCUACCUCCUCUACGGCUUCCGAUGGCCGCGCGCCGGCUUCACAGGAAUCCGAGUCUACAUCGUCCUACAUAACCUGGAAGACGCGACAGCCGAAUACCUCCAACAACCACUCACGACACAGCUGCUGCUCGACUCAUUCAAGAAGACCGAACCGGGGAUCGUCUCGCGGCUACCGGACAUGCGGUUCAUUGAGCAAUACGACCCCGAAGAUACCAGCGAGGAGGCGGUCAGCAAGACGCACGCAUACGUCGCGGGGAAAGUGAUUACGAUGCCGGAGGUCGGGAGCCCCGGGGCGUGUCUGAGCUUCGAUGCGGAGGAGCUGGUUAAGAGUUCGGGGCUGGAGCAGGAUGCGAUGGACGCGUUGACUGAGAUGCGGGAUAAGUAUGCCGCUGGGGAGAAGAUCGGGUGGUAUAUUGUUUACAACGGGGAUCCGGAUCGGUAUUUCCCGCCGGAUGAGGAGGAUGAGGAGGAUUAUAGUUUCGAUGAGGAGGACGAGGAUGACCAGGAUGAUGGCCAGAUGAAUGGGGUUGAGAAUGGGAAUGGAACGGCGUCGCGACCGCCGUCGACUCCGACGUCGCUCCUGACUCGAUUCUUCACCAAAAAAGCCGCUUGA